UUUUUUUUUUACUCUAUUUAUUAAAAUGGGAGUUUCUUUACUUGCAUAUGUUAUUACUUUUUUCGUAUUUCUCUGUAAUUAUACCUUAACAAUUUGCUCGCUUUUAUUUCCUAAAUGGCUAACCUUUGUAACGCCUAUACCGUUUUAUAUGGAAACAAACUAUGGAUUAUUUCGACUUUGUAGAAGUAUAACAAGAGAGUGUCGUCCAUUUCCUUCAUAUGAUUAUGGAGAUUGUAAAGAAGAUGGAUUUUGUGAAUUAUGGCGAAUAGCAGCAGCAAGUAUGAUAGUGGCCGUAGUUAUUGGUGGUUUAACGAUCUUUGCAUUAUUAAUAACGAUGUGUAGUCAAAGACAUAAGAGAUCAAAAGCAUGGGCACCUAUUUCAUUUCUGUUUUUAAUAUUUGGUAUGUAAAUUUUUGUAAGGUAUAAAUUUACAUUUAUACACGCUUAUAUAUUCCCUGUUUAUAGCUUUACCUCAAGCGCUCUCAAUGGGUAUCAUUGCUUAUUUAUUUAAUUCAAGCGCAACCUUUUAUAUGGGAACAAGAUAUAAUUUCUCAUUUAUUCUUAGCAUCAUAAGUUGGAUAUUAAGUGUUAUUUUAUCUAUUGUUUUAUCAUUGAUUGCUAUCUUGAGCCCACCAGAAUAUGUUUAUACUGCCA